AAUCUUCCCGUUUAUCGAUGGGUUGCAAAUCUAGCCGGGAAUCGAACCAUCACUUUACCCGUCCCGGCAUUCAAUGUGCUGAACGGAGGUAAACAUGCCGGAAAUAGUUUGGCUUUUCAAGAAUUCAUGAUACUCCCAGUUGGAGCGAAAACAUUUGCCGAAGCGGUACGUAUGGGCAGUGAGACAUAUCAUUGUUUACGUGGCAUUAUCAAAAAGAAAUACGGUCUGGACGCGUGUAAUGUUGGUGAUGAAGGUGGAUUCGCACCGAAUAUUUCCACACCGGUCGAAGCUCUGGAUCUUCUCGUCGAUGCAAUUGCCGCGGCCGGUUAUGUGGGUAAAAUUGUGAUCGGGAUGGACGUGGCCUCGUCGGAAAUGUACGUGAAAAAUGGCAAAUACGAUAUGAAUUUCAAACAGGGACGGAACGAUCCACGGGAUUGUCUUAGCGGAGAUAAAUUGCUUGAGAUUUAUCUGAAUUUGGUCGGACGCUAUCCGAUUGUCUCGAUCGAGGACCCGUUUGAUCAGGAUGACUGGGAACACUGGAUCAAAUUUCGCAGUAAUUCAAAAAUACAGGUGAAUGAGUCGACCAAUCCGUCUCGAUCAUUAUGCUGA